GAUAGCAAUGCAUAAAGUGUACAGUACAGGGGCAUAUAUUUCAGUAUUAAAAUGUAUUUGUCUUGUGAAAUAUUCUAAUUUUCCAAGAAACAAAAUGUUGGGGCUCAGCAAUAAUCAUAAAAAUGAACAGAAAUAAACACUUGAACUAUAUUACUCUGUGUGUAAUGACUACACAAUGUUUCACUUUUUGACUUGAAUUACUGAAAGAUAUAAACAUUUUUAGAAUAUUCUGAUUUGUUGAGAAGCACUCGUAAAAUGCCUUGAGUUUACUUUUAUUGUGAAUUGGCGCUAUAUAAACAGAGUGAAAUUGAACUGGACCAAUUAAAAAGCGUUCUGACUCUGACUAAUGAGCGCAGGAAACGUGCAUUUUUUUUUUUUAUCAUUAUAAUACAGAUUUAUAUUUUCCUGUUGAACGUUCAGUUCAUUUUGUAAAUCUGUGCUUUGUGAAAUUAGGAGUCAGAGCUGAGAAACGUUUGCGCCAUUUGCAUAUAUUACUAUCAAUACUUAAGUCAUAUUUACUUCGGUUCUUUUUUUUUUUUCUUUUUCUUUUUUACGGAAAAUGACAUUGACUCUGAAUGCGAUUCGACUCCAUCAAUAUGGUUCUCUUUGUGUUUUCAAAUAUCUAUAUUGUCUUUUCAGAUACGCACACUGAAAGCCUGGGGGCACCUUGUCCGUACGCUGCUCUCGGGGGCGAGCUCCUCCAAUGCGUGCGUGCGCGCGCGCGUGUGCGUGCGUGAGAGAGCGUGCGAAUGUAUGUGCCGAGUGUGUGCGUGCCUGCCCACGCGCGUGUGUCUGCUCUGCUGUUGCUGCCCUUUGAUCCCUGCAUUAGUGUUAGUUAGGGGCUCGGAGACACACUUGCACCGAGAGCAGCCAUAGUCAAGACACGGCAACAACAACAGCAAGCGGCACCUCCUCCGCCCGUGUUCCCGUUCCCCCCCUGAACAAUACAGUUUAAACCGAGCAAAGCCAGGUGCACGACCGAGUCCCUGCCAUCACUGGCGCCUCCAGUCUCAAUGGGAAAAAUCCAUUUUUCUCCUCAUCCCCAAACAAGGACGAGAAUGUGAUUAAAAGCGGGGGGAAAAUGCCAAGGAGGAAGCAGGAGCAGCCCAAGCGCCUGCCUUCACAUGUGGACGGUGAUGAGGAAAGGGGCCCUGAUGAUGGUGCUACAGAGGAGGAAGGCUGGUUUGGUAACACCUCCGACACACGCUCUGACUCGUCGUCUUUUGGAGACACACAGGAUGAGCUCCUCCUGCACAGAGGCUCCUCUCCUGAAGACCAACCAGGGGUUAGUGUCGGUUCCAGGGAUCACGACGCCUGUGGAGGCGAGAGCUUGCUGGGUUGCCGGACACCCGUCCAUCGUGCCUCUUUGGAACUUCUCGGCUUGGAUGGAAGUUCAUUCUCGGCCCAGGACACUCUUUCCUCUGUUGUAUCAUCGCUGUACGGUGAGGCAGCAUCCAGAGCGCUGGGGAAACCACUCAGCAGCAACCUGCGGCGCCUCCUAGAGGCUGGCUCCCUCAAACUUGACGGUGCAGAGAUCCUGGGUCGGUCAUCUAGGGGAAAUGCUGGGGGAGAGUCUCCUCCAAUUGCUCUAGCUCCAACUCUGACCCUUUCCCCGUCUUCUCACCAUGCCCAGCAGUUAAGUGCUCUUGCCCGAAAACUGGCCAAUAACAACAGUGGUUCUGCCUCACCAGCCUCCUUGGCACCCUCAGUCACCAACAUAAAGCAAGAGCCCCUUGACCCCUUUAACUCCGUCACCCCUAGCAACGGAAGUGGCUUUGUAUGGGCAGGUGUGGCUGAUAAGUGGCCCCCUGCCUCGUGCUCCACACCCUGCAGCUCCAGCCUGUCCCCAGACUCUGCAAUCCAGAAGUUAAAAGCAGCAGCUAAUGCCGUACUUCAAGACAAGAACGCGGUUGCUUCCUCCUCAACGACCUCUUCCUCAUCCACCUCCACCUCAUCCGCAGUGCCCACUCUGGGUGGGGGCGGUCGAGGAGACGAUGUGGUGCGCUUCGAUGCCUUCAACUCUCCGUUCAGCCCACAGUCAGCGAGCUCUACCCUCGCCGCACUUUCCAAGAAAGUGAGUGAGAGGAGCCAAGCCUCAUCGACAACCAGCAAUGCUUCGGACCACCAAGCCUCAGCGAGUUCCUUCCUCUCUCACGUGUCAAUUACCACCUCCUCUGCUGCCUUGCUCAAAGAGGUGGCAGCCAGAGCAGCGGGAAACCUGCUGGCAGAGAAGAAGGACGGUUCCCCAUUGUCGACUGCAGGGAUCCUCCAAGAGGAUGUGAAGCCCCUGCUGGACAAGAACCAGAAAGCACCGACGCCCACUACGCCCACGCAGAGCCUAGAGUUGUUGUUGCCGUCUACGCCAAAGGGCAGAGGCAAACCAAACAACCAAGCAGGUUCUCCUGAGGACGGCGGCAAACCAUUCCAGUGUCCUGUAUGUGGACUGGUCAUCAAACGCAAGAGCUACUGGAAGAGACACAUGGUCAUUCACACAGGCUUGAAAAGCCAUCAGUGUCCACUGUGUCCCUUUCGCUGUGCUCGCAAAGACAAUCUCAAGUCUCACAUGAAGGUACAUCAGCACCAGGAUCGAGGUGAGACCUUUCAAUGCGAACUUUGUCCCUUUACCUCCUCCCGACACUUCAGCCUGAAGCUUCACAUGCGCUGCCACCAGCAUUUCCCUCGCACUGACGUCAAGGUGAAAGAGGAGCCCACCACCGACACCGAGGGCGAGGGAUCCCUGCUGGGGGACAGCGGGACCACAGAUCUGAGAGCGGCAGAGGCGUCUCCGCUGCACGGAGAAGCCCAGCAGCAAACCUCCCCUCCGACCGAAGUGUCUUUUAAUCACGUUCACGUCAAGGAGGAGCCUCAGGAGAGGGAUCUGUCCGUGCUCUCCCCGUUCAGCAUUUGCAGGGACCGCCCCGGCAGCAGUACCAAUUCCCUAGACCUACCUGGAGUCGGUAUCGGACUUGGGAUGAGAUCCAGUCCGAGUGGUCCGACCACAGCCUCACUCUUCAGCCCCGACAUCACUACCAAAACGGCAACUGACCUGCUUAUGAAGCUUUCAGCAGCCAACCAGAGGGAAUCACUCAAGUCUCCAUUCCACCUGAAGCAAGAGCCGAAGGUGGAGGAGGCACCGAGCCCGAGACCAUCCUCGCAGUGCCAGAACCAGGUUCAGCCAAGCUUCCCUGGGUCGUUCUGCCAGGAUGGGCCGACGGGGGCUGCGGCAGCCAUGGAGUCACUGAAGCCGAGGGAAGGAAGCCCCAUGGCUAAAAACAGCCUGCUGAGCCAGGAUAUCAACGUAAAGGUGGCCUCCGAGCUGCUGAUCAAGUUGUCAGAGAACAGCAAAGACGCCCAGUACCAGAAGGUGAAGGUAAAGGCCGAGCCAAUGGAAGUGGAUCCGCCCCCCGCAGAACUUCCCCCGCCUGCCUCCCACCUGCUGACCUUCAGCACUUUAGGGGCGAGUGAGAAGAGUGAGCCAAUGAGUAACCUCCCAGAGAUGUUGGCCUGCCCCCAGAAAGACCUCUUCUCCCAAGACAUAUCGGUCAAAAUGGCAUCCGAACUGUUGUUUAAAUUGUCAGAAAAAGUAAGCAAAGCCAACAACCACAAAGACAGCAACAUGGUGGGAAUAAAUAGUUCAUUCCUGGACGAGUGCUUCAGACAAUCACCCUUUAACUUGCGCUCCAAGAGCUUGUCCCCCGCAGAGGCCAGUUCCUCCACCAGGGCACCGUUCCACGACUCGGAGAAGGAUGACGGCGAGCCAGGAAACGGACUCGCCCAGUGGAAACUACACGAGCAGCUCUUCCCCUGUCCCGUCUGCGGGAAGGUGUUCGGCCGACAGCAGACCCUUUCCAGACAUCUGUCUCUCCAUACAGAGGAGAGGAAAUACAAGUGUCACCUGUGUCCUUACGCAGCCAAGUGCAGAGCAAACCUCAAUCAGCACCUGACCAUCCACUCUGUGAAGCUAGUCAACACGGACGCCGAGCAGAUCGUCAGCGCUGUCACAGCCGACUCUGCAGAGCGCAAGAACUGCCUGUACUACUACAGCUGCCAUGUGUGCGGUUUCCACACGGAGCUGAAUGCCCAGUUUGUCAGCCACAUGUCGCGUCAUGUGGACAAGGAGCAGUGGAUGUUCUCACUCUGCUGCAGCGUCUGUGACUACGUCUGCAUGGAGGAGAGCGACAUGAAGAGCCACAUCAGUACCGGACAUGCAGGUCUGAAUUCAAGAAGCCCCCUCAGCGAAACCAAGAGCACCUCAUCGUCCCUCUCGGCCCUCAGUGAUUCACUCAACAGCUCUGAGGGCGGAGACGUCGUCCACGGCAACGAAGAACUCAAGAACCUGCUGGCCCCGCCCACCUCCGCGGGCAGCCAGGCCAGCUCCGGAAGUCACUCUGGAUCAGGAACUGAGGACAAGUCGGACAAAGGUUUCGAAUGUGUAUUCUGCAACUUUGUGUGCAAGACGCGCAGCAUGUAUGAACGGCACCUCCAGAUCCACCUCAUCACACGGAUGUUUGAGUGCGACGUUUGUCACAAGUUCCUCAAGACGCCCGAGCAGCUGUUGGAGCACAAGAAGUGCCACACCGUCCCCUCCGGAGGGCUCAAGUGCCCUUUUUGCAUCUACUCCACCAAUCGUCCAGCGGCCAUGGAGUGUCACCUGAAGACGCACUGUAAGAUGGAGUACCGCUGCCGCAUCUGCCAGGGACUGUGGCCAGACCAGGCCUCGCUGGAGGCACACAUGCGGGGGCACCGCCUGGGCAACCACUACAAGUGCGAGCAGUGUGGCUACCUGUCCAAAACGGCCAACAAGCUCAUCGAGCACGUGCGCGUGCACACGGGCGAGCGGCCCUUCCACUGCGACCGCUGCUCUUACAGCUGCAAGCGCAAGGACAACCUCAACCUGCACAAGAAGCUGAAGCAUGCGCCGCGCCAGACUUUCGGCUGCCAAGAGUGCCCUUUCACCACCACGCACCCCUUCGUCUUCAGCCGCCACCUCAAGAAACAUCAGAGCGGAGGUGCGGUGGGGUUGGACGGAGGCGUAGGAGGGGGAGGAGGGGACGAGGAGGAUGAAGAGGCAGGAGGGGAGGAGCUGCCGUCGGAGGAGGCGUCGUCGCUGCAGAAAAGCCAGGAGAGCUUCUUGUUCGGCGGGGGAAGCAGCAGCGGAGGAAGCGGGAGCAACAGCCCCCUCAUGAGUCUGACAGCGUCUGAGGCGCUACAGUCCGUCGCUCUGUCUCUAACGCUGGGCAGGUCCCGCCAGCAGGAGCCCACAGGCCGCGACAGCACGAGCAUCAGCAGCAGCCCCUCCCUCUUCCCUCCCUCCUCCCGCCACGUGUUGGAGCAGUACAGGAACGGCGAGCAGGCCCACCUGAUCCCCCUGACCACCCUUUUCACCCACAACAGCCGCUUCACAUUCCACUCGCACCUCCACUCCAGAUGGCGGCCGGCCACGUCUCCUCUCAUCUUCUCCAGCUCUGCGUCCCCCUCACCCUCCUCCCACAAACACUCCUUCCUGGCCUACCUGGGACUGAUGGAAAGGGCCAAAACUGUGUGACCUCCCCCACUUCCCUUCCCUCCCUGCCUCCCCUCGGACGGUGGUGUGAAUGACACUUGACCACUGCAGCGGGAGCAACGUCUUUUCCAAUCAGACCAGCAGAAUAAGCUGGACCAGACAAACAUAUUAAAGGAAAAAAACAUUUAUAAGAGAAAAACGUUGUACAUGCUAAAAUGCAUUUAUAUAAAAAAGCUGCUUUUCUUAUCAGUUCUAUCAAUUGAAUUACUACUACAAGUACUACACUCUAUUACCUUUUUUCUGUUUGUAAGCAUCUGAAUGACCUGGGCCCAGUUGCUUUAUCUGAUGAAACUUACGUAUACUGGUUUUAUAGAUAUUUUCUUUAGUCGUUUACCAAGAUAAAAAGUUGGGAAGAAGACAAAACAAACAUUGCAAAUGCUAUAUUUUAGUGCGUUUUUGUCCCUUUGCUAUUAUGCAUCGGAAUGGCAUGCCUGUUUCUGUGUUUCAGCUAGCUGUAACGUCAUUAAGGAGCUGAACUCCAGAUAUCCUGAAGUGUUAACCGCUGCGAACUGGACACAACCAAUGUGACGGAAUGCUUUUCAUCUGAAAGGUCACGUUUCCAAAGCGACGCCUCAGACCAUGCACUUACUUAUUUAUCAACCUUGUACAUAGUUUUGUAGCCCUUCCCCAUUUCCAUCUGUUUAAGUUGCUUUUUCUUUGUACUAUGGUGACGUGCAUUUCUGCUGACUGAUCUCAAUUCUGUCUCAGAAUCAAUGUGGUGUAUUGGAUCAGGUUUUUUUGUAAGCUUGGAGAAUAAGCUGUGAUAAUGUAAAUAUGGAAAAGAUUCAAUCUGAACUAUCAUGGAGAAAGAUACAUUUAUUAUCAGAGAACUUAAAUAUAAAUGCAAGGUUUUUGCACUCCCAGAUGAAUAAGCAGUAAAGUCUUACAGAGCAGGGAUCCUCAACUUGUUUUACAGACCCUCGUGUGCGGGCUUAAAAUGCAAGCAACAUAUCUAGUGUAUAAAAAACAUUAUAGCAAUAUCACUUGCUGCAGCUCUAUACAGUAUUGUGCAAAAGUCUUGAGUCAACCAUUAUGUCUUUAGUUUUUUUCUUGGCUGCCUUUAUCAAUAACUUUUAUCCAACCUGAUCCCUCUGUUCAUAAUUAGUUGAGAGGUCUUAACUCGUACAUAUGAAGGCUUUAAAAAAAACUAAACUCAAGUGAUGGACCGCUGUUGUCUACACACACACACACACACACACACAACUUAAGCUGGAGUCACACUACACGAUUUCUUUUGCCCAUUUCUACCCCCGAUUCCCAGUGGGUGAAGGUCUGCAGUAGUCGACACAAAAAUCCGUUGGGAUGAAGACACAAGCAUGUGUGAGGGGAAUUGACCUGAUCCAACCUCAGUCACGGUCAGACAAACAUGUCUGAAUUUUUUAAGGUGGAUCUGGAUGCCUCAAUGAACCUGUGGUAUUUUUACUCAAGGUUAUCACACCAUGCCUCGUCUUGUAACUGAACCAUCGCAGAACACCAGUUUAAGUUCGUGAUCAAAGACUUUGGGCCAGAGCAGCUCAUAAUUGCACAUUGUGAACCCGGCUUUAAAAGCUUUGCUGCAGAUCAUUUUUAAGGCCUUUCGUGUUUUCUUUUGUCUUUCACUUUCCUAAUAAAAAUGUAUUUUAAUUUGCCAUCAUGAUGUGGCAGAAGAACUGGAUAGAAAAAAUGGGUAAAGCCAGCCAAAGUCCAAAGAAAAAGUACAGAAUCUGGACAUCUUGGCAGAUUGACAGCAAGACAUAAGAAAUUUGGGGUAGUAUAAAACUUUUCCACAGUACAGUAAGUCCUCACAAUGUUUCACCCAUAUGGAUGCAUGCAUUGCAACUCACCAGUAUAUAGUAAUCAGUGGGAGGCCUGGUCCUGGUUCAUGAACCAGUGAGGAAGUUCAGAGCUAAUCUGUUUUCUGCUGUUUGCCCAGGGGAUCCCUGUCACAACGUCUGUCUGUAAGACAACAUUCUGUCAUUAUUUCUGAGACCAGGUUGAUAUCAGCACAGCAUAUAUGCAGACCUAUAUAUCACGCACCCAUAUGUAAAAGAGAUAUAUGAGAAGACUGUUUUGUGGAGGUGACCUGCUCCGGGUUAGCGAGCUACCCUGCAGCCAGAGUUGCCACAGGCCGAUUCAAUGGUGCUUUUUGGAGCUUUUUGUAAUUUUUGUGUACAAAAGAGAAAAAAACUGUUCCAAAAUGACUUGAAUGAAUGUAUUUUUGUUUAUGUACAUGAAAAAGAUGCGAUACAGAGAAGCGUGAAGAGUUCUGGUGAAGAUGGGGAAGUUACUGUGUCUGAUGGCCUUUCUGUGUCUUUUUCUGUUGGUUUUUGUGUUUUUAUAUUCAAUUGUUUUGUUAUUACUGAGCCUUUCACGUCAUAUUCAACAUUUUCUACUAACGCUCGCAGAGAAGCCGUUGUGAGGAAGAGCUGUAGGGUGCAAUGAUGAAGAGAAGCCAUGAGUUUGUACAGCGUUGUGUCCAGAGGCUUCUGCUAGGCAGGCAGACCACGGUACUGCUGUUUGUCCACCUUCCCCUUCCCGUCAACCUUUGAGUUUUAAUUGCACUCGUUAUUGUUACCUUUUAAGCCAAAAGCACUUAAACCUUUUAUGUUUUUUAAAAACAAACUUUGAUCCACCAUGUUUCCAUAAUUGGAGUCAAUCAGCCCCCCUUAGCUUCUGCUCAUUUCUGACGGUGCAAAAGGCUGCGCCUCUGUGAAAUCGGAGAAAAGUCGAGCACAAAUUACAAGAAUUAGACGACAGAGGUGAAGCUCCCCUCCUGGGAACUAAAGGUCCCAGGUUAAAUAGUUCUGGCCAAUUUUGCACAGUGCUGCACUUUUUGAUGACAAUAUGUAUUUAUCCAUAAAAAUGCAGAAGAAGAGGUUUCUUCUGGCGACAUCAGGCAGCGUAGUUCAAGUAUUUUGUUUUUUAAAGGCUUUACGUAUUCAUUGUGCUUGUGUUCCUAAGUGUUCUUCAAGCCAAAUUCCCUUAUUUUUUAUGUUUUUUUUUAUUUGUCUGUUUUACUGUUGAUGAAUUUUCCUAAAUGAGUUUUAUUGUUUUCCUCUCUCGUUAAAUUUGAAAUUUCAAAGAUCUUGAACCGUUCAGACCAAAUUGUGUUCCGCCACCGGAUGUGAUGUUAGGAUUGAAUCCGUCACGUCCUGCUCUGGGAGAGACGCCUCCAUCGUCUUCCCCAUCGUUCUGUUUAAGCCCCCUUUUCUUUUUGUGUUGUCCUCUCUGGAGAGAAAGUAGCAUCCUUCCUAACACUGGCUCACUAUCUGCGUUAUCUUUUAUACUCUAGUGCCACUUGGUGGAAGGAAACCACCUGAGACUUCUGAGAAUGAGUCAAACUAAUUGUCAGGGUCCAGUAGAAUAGGGAAAAAAUAAAACGUGCCCGCUCUUUUUCAGAUGUCUGCCUUUCACUACAGCGUAAUCAUGACUUGCUGCACUUCUCCUGCCCCCUUUAGAUUCAGUGUGAUGUUUAGGUAAACGGGCCUCAAUUCUUUAGAAAACGAGUGAUCUUAAGCACUUAUCUGCUUGUUUUUUUUAAUGAUGGGGGGGUUUGUCUACUUGUACGCAGCACAAUGACCUUUUGAGCUCAACUACCUUCUCAGCACUUCAAAGUAUGCAUGACGUUUUUCUCUCUGGUCCUUCAGCACUUACUUGUGUUUCCAACUUGACUCCCGGGGUUUAGAUGCAUCGUCUACAGUCUGUUAGCUUUAAGUUUGGCUGUAUGUCAUGAUUGGUAAAAAAUGGCUCAACUAUCUUAACAUUUGGCACUUGGUAAAGAUUGGUAUGUGCUGUACAAAGCUUUUUUUUAUUACUCCAUUGUUAAGGCUGUACAGGGUUGUGACGAUAACUGGUAAAUAGAUCAUUUGUACUUUUCUUUUUGGGUUUGUAUUUGUUUUCUCUUGUUUCACAUUAUUUUAUGUUCAAUUUGCCAGAUCUAAAUGUAACAGGAUUUGAAAGUAAAGCUUACAUCAGAUAUUA